CGGGACCGUGCCGCAGCCACUCGCAACCCGCAGAGAUGUUUCGACUUGACCACUAACAGGCCUCUGUGGAGAUGAGCCUCAGAUUCGCCAUGCCAUACAAAGAGCGCAGAAACCUUCCAUCGGCCUUGAAACCAAUGGCUGGCCACGCGGCGGUCAAACCCUCCCCUGUGUCAAGACGAGCCCGGCCCAGGGUUGUCUGGUGGAUUCCCUCCGACUUCAUCUACAUGUCGUAACGCUAGACUGGAGAGCUUCCAGAUCACAUUCUGGUACCUAUGGUUAGGAUUCAUAGGAAUUUAAGAUGGGCGGUUUCUUGUCACGAUGGACGGGGAGGCCAACCCCGCGGGUCAGGCCUUCGUUCUUUUUUAUUUUUGAAUCUCUGUUGGACAGCUCCUGGAGAGCAGUCUCGCGGACCGCAUUCACCCAACAUAUCAUAGCUGCAACGGCGCGGCUGGUACCGUGCCCUUCCAAAGCAGUCACUGGCAAUGGCCACUCCCCCGCAGACACAGCCAGUGCAGCCGUUCAUCCCCGGCUGGACCUCGAAGCCCUUCCCCGCGCUCACCCUCUCGGCUGGAGGUCUUCUCGCGCUCGCGGACCUCCAUACUAUCGCCCAGCGCACGGCGCUUACGGGCGGCGCCAGCUGGAUGGACAGCCUGGUGCUGGCGCCGGGGAUCCAGUACCAAGCAGCCGCGGACGAGCUCUUCUGGAAGGGGGCUGCCGCGUCCAUUGUCGAUGUCGUCGACGAGCACGGCGGCGCUGCCGUGUCGCUGAAGCUCGCCAAUGCCGCCACAUGGCACUAUAUCCAGCGAGUUGCGAAGCCGGGCGAGACGGUGACGCUUAACGUUGGCCGCGCCGUAGCUGCCCACGGUUCGUCAUACAUGCUGCGGCGGACAGAUUCCGGAGACCAGGCAAUGGCAUGGAGGGUGGGGGGCAAGCCCGAUCUAGGCUUAGUCUCGCAUGUGCUGUACCUGAUCAGCCCCGUGUUGACGCUCGCCGCCAUAGGAUUCCUUGUGAUCUUCAAGGACUGGUGGGGUCUUGUAUCGAUUCUGGGCCUGAUGACGUCCCGCGUUCUCAACAUUUGGGUGAUCAAGCAACGGGCCUCACACCCGGAAGAACACCUGGAUGAAGCCCCCAAGAGGAGCAGGAUAUUCGGUCGCUCUCGGUCCAAGACUCGCGAGGACAAGGAAAAGAGGCCCACCCACGCCCUGAGGUCACCACGCCGCCACCGCUUCUCCUUCACGAAAACCCGUGAACGCGUAUGCCAUUACCUCGUCCGCCUCGACAAUAUCGAGAGCAAAACCCUGGUCCGGCUGCGCGGCAAGGCAAGCGACCUCCGCGCCAUCACAGCUCAGAGAUGGCUCCGCAGCAAGACACACCUGGAAAGCUACCUCGAGGGCGCCGCCAAGCUGCUGGUGUACCUGGUCGGCGCGCUGUCGGGCAACAUGACGCAGGCCGGCGCCAUGAUCAUGAUGGCGCUGCUGCUGGCGUCGGCGGGCCUGCUCGCGCUGAGCAACGCCAAGGCCAAGACGCUGACCGUCAACGGGCGGGAGGUCGCCCCCGUCGACGAGAACGGCAACGCGCCCUUCUCUCCUUCGUCCCCUUCCGCUCCUGCCGGUUCUCCUGCUUCUGCGGCGGGGCCCGGCAGCGGUGCUGCUACUGCUGCUGGUGCUGGUGGGAGUCCGCUCUCUAAUGAGGUGAGGCGAGCCGAUGUCCCAGUGGACCCCCGGAGUGAUCAGGACAGGGGACGGCCGAGGCAGGGACCUGGGGCCGCUACCGGGGCCGCAGGGGUGAAUACAGCGCGUGCGGGUGUAAACACGACUGCUGAACAAAGUCGAGGAGUAAGAGGAGGAGGAGGAGGAGGAGGGAACCCUGCGGAUCUCGCUGAGAGAGGUCAUGCAGGGUUCGUGAGGCGGUAGAACUGAGGUGUGGGUGAGCUGGGAGGAACGAAGUUUGCAGGUGGCGUUGGUGAUAGACUGGUAGUAUGGGUAGAGGCGUUCAUGUGGGCCUGGCAACUAGAUGAGAUACCCCAUCCAUACCGGGACAAGUUUCGAAUAGCAAUGAGAGAGAACGAGGAGAAAACCUGACCUGCUUCAUCAAGCAAGUAUUGGAACCAAAUACCCGCU